UUGCUUUCAGUCAAGUUAUUUAACGAGUCUGAAUUACACUUUCAUCGAGUAGAUAGACAGCAAAUGGGUACUUAUUUAUGUAUUGCUAGUAACGAGGUUCAUCCUGCAGUGAGUAAAAGAGUUACUCUUUCAGUAAAUUUUCUGCCAAAUGUACAAACCUUAAACCAAUUACUUGGAGCACCAUUGGGGACGGAUGUUCUUCUUGAAUGUCGUGUCGAAGCUCAUCCAAAUGCAGUCAACUAUUGGUAUAGAAAUUCUAAUGAUAUGUUACUCAAUGGACCGAAAUACUCAAUCAUAGAAGUCCGAGAUGGAUAUAAAAUUUCCAUGCGGCUCACUAUCAAACAAUUCCAUAAAACCGACGUUGGUAGUUACAGUUGCGUAUCAAGUAACAGCCUAGGAACAGUUGAAGGGGUAUCAAGACUUUAUAUUAUCGAUGGUCGUGGUAUAAUACGUGAAUCACAACCUAUUUCUGGAAUAGCAAGUAUUGCAGAAGCCACACGGGGUUUUAGUCUGAAAAAAAGCAACAUCAAUGAUAUCUUAUUAUUCUGUAUUGCUGGUAUUUUGCUUGGUAUCAGUUUAUUUUGAGACGCCAAUAUUUCUGAAGAA